UAACAACGAACCGGCUUUUACUGCGGAACCCACACCACACCCAGAGCAAAAAAUGUUAAUUGUUAUUUUAUUUAUUUUAAUAAUAACAUUUUAUUUAAUUGUGGAACGCCACUACAGCCAAUGGCAACGUUUGGGCAUUGCAACGGACGACAGUGGUCCAAUACCUUUUGGUUGUUUAUAUCGUGUCAUGAAAAAAGAACUACCCUUGGGUCUGGUGUUUUCAAAUAUUUAUGAAAAAUAUGAAGAGAAAUUUGUUGGUAUUUAUAUGCUAUUUAAACCUGCCAUCCUGCUGAGAGAUGCCACUGUGAUACGUCAAAUAAUGACCACAGAUUUUGGUAGUUUUCAUGAUCGCGGUGUUUAUGUGGAUGAAGAGUAUGAUCCAUUAUCCUCGCAUUUAUUCAAUUUAAAGGGUCAGACAUGGCGUAGUUUGAGGACCAAGUUGACACCCUCAUUCUCGUCGGGAAAGCUGAAGGCAAUGUUUGAAACGGUCGAUGAGGUUGGUGAUAAAAUGAUACGUCAUUUGUUAGAAAAGGUGCCGGAAGGAGGAACGCAUAUAGUGGAUGUUAAGGAUUUGGCAACGACUUACGCCAUUGACAUUAUUGGAUCGGUUAUAUUUGGUCUGGAUAUUGAUAGUUUCUCGAAUCCCAACAACGAAUUCCAUCUGAUGAGUGAUGGACUAUUUAAGAAUCCCAAAUCGAAUGUUUUGCAGCAAAUACGACAUGUCAUGAACUUCAUAUGUCCGCCGAUAGCCCAACUUCUCUGUCGUUUGGGUGUUAACGACCCGAUAACCUUUAGUGUACGCGAUAUUGUGCAACGAACAAUUGAAUUUCGUGAGAAAAAUGGAGUGAUGCGCAAAGAUUUACUCCAACUGUUGAUACAACUGCGAAAUACCGGAAAAAUAUCCGAUGAUAAUGAUGACUCCAUAUGGCGUUCUGAAUCGGUGGCCGAAAAUUUAAAAUCAAUCUCGAUUGAUAUGAUAGCGGCAAAUUUACUUUUAUUUUACAUCGCCGGGUCGGAAACAACAGCAGCUACCAUAGCAUUUACUCUAUACGAAUUGGCGAUGUAUCCGGAAAUAUUGUCUAAAGUUCAGCAGGAAAUUGACAAAUGUUUGACGGAACAUAAGUUGAGGGCUGGGGGAGCUUUGAGUUAUGAUGCCAUUAAGGAUAUGAAAUAUUUGGAUUUGUGUGUCAUGGAAACAAUGCGUAAAUACCCCGGUUUACCUUUCUUGAAUCGUGAGUGCAACAACGAUUUUCAAAUCCCCGGCAUGGACUUCACCAUAAAAAAGGGCACGGCCAUAAUCAUACCUUUAUUUGGCCUUCACAGGGAUCCUGAAUAUUUUCCCAAUCCAAUGGAUUAUAAACCGGAAAGAUUUGAUAGAGACAUCAUGGAUUAUAAUCCCAUUGCCUAUAUGCCAUUUGGUGAAGGUCCCCGACAUUGUAUUGCUCAGCGCAUGGGUGUGGUAAACGUGAAGGUUGCCUUGGUCAAAUUUUUAUCCAACUUUACAAUUGAACCCAUGGAACGUAAGGAAGUUGAAUUUAAGUUUCACACAACGCCCAUCCUUCUGCCAAAAGGAGGUCUACCAAUAUCCAUACGAAGGAGAUGAUCUUUGGAAAACAAUUAGGAAGACUGAGAAGAAUAAAUAUAAAUAUUUUUAGAGUGGAAUAAUUGAAGGUCUUCUUUUCAAAGAGCACCUAUAGGUCAUAGAGGAAAAAAACGGUCUUCCAAAAAAGAGAAGAGAAGGUCUCUUCAUUGAAGAUUCUCAUAGAGAACAAAAAAG